UCCUCAGCCAAUAUGAUAUAAUUCCCUCGCAGCUCUGUUGCUCAAACUAGCUGCCAUCAAGUAGAAUACCKCUUCUGUCGCUUAAAACGGGACAGGUGCAGCGACCAGGAUGACUUCCAACGAAUACCAUAUAAUGGCAACAUCACCCCGUGAGCUUACUCAGAACCCGCUGAAGAAAAUAUGGAUGCCAUGGAAAAACGGGCUCUUUGUACACAUUUUACAAAGAAGGGUAUGUAUGACCAACUGUCCCACCCUCAUUGUGACGGUGGGCCUCCCAGCGAGAGGGAAGACCUACAUCUCCAAGAAGCUGACCCGCUAUCUCAACUGGAUUGGUGUGCCAACCAAAGAGUUCAAUGUGGGUCAGUACAGGAGGGAGUGUGUGAAGAUCUACAAGUCUUUUGAGUUUUUCAAUCCAGACAAUGAAGAGGGGCUGAAGAUCAGGAGGCAGUGUGCACUGACGGCGCUGAAUGAUGUGUGCCAGUACCUGACUGUGGAGGGGGGCCAGGUGGCGGUGUUUGAUGCCACUAACACCACCAGGGAGAGGAGAGGGACCAUCACCAGGUUUGCAGAGCAGAAGGGAUUUAAGGUGUUCUUUGUGGAGUCUGUGUGUGAAGACCCUGAUGUCAUUGCGGAGAACAUAGCGCAAGUGAAGCUGGGUAGUCCUGACUACAUAGACUGUAAUACAGAGGAGGUCAUCGAGGACUUCAUGAAGAGAAUCAAGUGCUACGAGAACGCUUACCAGCCACUGGAUGAUGUUCUAGACAGGGAUCUGUCCUACAUUAAGAUCAUGGACGUGGGCCGGAGAUACCUGGUGAACAGGGUGCAGGACCACAUCCAGAGCCGCAUUGUCUACUACCUAAUGAACAUCCACAUCACACCACGCUCCAUCUACCUGUGUCGCCAUGGAGAGAGUGACCUCAACGUCAAAGGAUGCAUCGGAGGAGACUCAGGCCUGUCUGGCAGGGGCAAGGAGUUUGCAAAGUGUCUGGGGAAGUUUAUCCAGGAGCAGAACAUUAAGAAUUUGAAGGUGUGGACCAGCCAGAUGAAGAGAACCAUUCAGACAGCUGAGGCCGUGGCUGUGCCCUACGAGCAGUGGAAUGCUCUCAACGAGAUCGAUGCUGGUGUGUGUGAAGAGAUGAUGUAUGAGGAGAUCCAGGUACAUUUCCCUGUGGAGUUUUCACUUAGAGACCAGGACAAAUACCGCUACCGCUACCCUAAAGGAGAGUCCUAUGAGGACCUGGUGCAGCGGUUGGAGCCAGUCAUCAUGGAGCUGGAGAGGCAGGAGAACGUCCUGGUCAUCUGUCACCAGGCUGUCAUGCGCUGCCUGCUCGCUUACUUCCUGGAUAAGAGUGCAGAGGAGCUGCCUUACCUGAAGUGCCCUUUGCACACUGUAUUGAAGCUGACCCCUGUGGCGUAUGGAUGUAAAGUAGAGUCUGUCUGGUUGAAUGUGGAAGCUGUGAACACCCACAGGGACAGGCCGGAGAAUGUAGACAUUUCACGGAUGCCGGAAGAAGCCCUGUUCACAGUCCCCGCCCACCAGUGAUGAGUGACAGCGCACAAAGUUUAGAUUSAAUCAGUUCUUCCUUAACCUGCGAUAACUGACAACUGCAUAGCAGUUGCAUUGCUUUUAUUCAUGGAAUGUCGGAGGUGUAACUGCGUUAGAGCUGUCAAAUCAGGAUACCUAUUGCGGACAUUUCCAUUUUAUGUGCCGAGUCGCAUUAGUAAUAAUCCCAUGCAGCCUUGUUACAAGUUCGAACACUGGAAUGUGUUGUAAUAUACACCUCGAUUAGGCUGAUAUGAAUCCUCAUUAUUUAGGUUAAUGAUGUUCAAUUUGAGUAUCAUUAUUUCUAUAUAGCCUAGACUUUCUCGUUCUGAACUUCUAACGUGAGUGGGACGGGUGUGGCUUCCUGACAAUAACCGCACGAGCAGCCGCUCAGAUUAGACAGCUCUAAAGCAGUUCCACCUCCAGCACCUCCUAAACACCAGCUAUGCGGGUGUUGGCUACCGCUGGUUAAUGUUGAUCUGAUUGAAUCCAGGYCCUAGACUCCAAAGUGACAUCACUCACCAUGGCUACUUCAUCUACUCAAUCAGAAAUCAAUGCAAAUUGCCAAUACCGACGCGUAAUCCCUGCCCCGGUUUCGGKAAAAAGCUGAGGGAUGGGCUGGAGAAAUUUAGAUGCAUGGGCUGACCAUCCAUGAUAUCAACAUUGAGUUUUAACCAUGUUUUGAGGCUAUAUAGUGUUUGUUUACUUUGUUUACAA